AUGGCCACUAACGCCCACGAGCAGACAGUUCCAACCACAUCGCCAAGCAUGGACCAACGACCAAAGACGCCUGACCAGGCGCAUAUGCCACCAGAGCCGACGUCACCAACAUCGUCGGCCUCAUCCGACCAUGACAUCCCAACACAAGGCGAACAGCCGCAACGAAAGCCAGAACUCACCAGGACUCAAUCUCAAGCAUCCCAAUUCGGUAAAGGUCGUAUAGUCAUCAUCGUCUUCUCACUAUGCAUGGCACUCUUCCUCGCUGCCCUCGACGUCACCAUCGUCACAACAGCACUACCCACCAUCGCGGAGCACUUUCAUGCUUCAGGCUCUGAUUACACUUGGGUGGGCUCAGCUUAUCUGCUCGCCGCUGCAGCGUCCGCGCCAGUCUGGGGUAAGAUCUCUGACAUCUUUGGACGGAAGUACAUCAUUUUGAUGGCAAAUGUUGUGUUCCUCGUCGGGUCGUUGCUUGCCGGUAUCUCAUCUUCAAUUGGCAUGCUCAUCGGUGCACGAGUUGUCCAAGGAAUCGGCGGCGGUGGCCUAAUCAUCCUGGUGUAUGUCUGCAUCGGCGACCUGUUCUCCAUGCGCGAGAGACCCAAAUACUUCGGCAUCAUGGGCAUGGUCUGGGCAAUUGCUUCAGGCGUUGGCCCUGUCAUUGGCGGAGCCUUCACCGAAGGCGUCACCUGGAGAUGGUGCUUCUACAUCAACCUCCCGCUCGACGGCGUCUCCCUCAUCCUGCUCUUCAUCUUCCUCAAGCUCGACAAUCCACGCACACCCCUGGUCGCCGGCCUGCGAAGUCUGGACUGGCUGGGCGUGCUCACUAUCAUUGGAGGUGUCGUGAUGUUCCUCUUCGGCAUGGAAUCCGGUGGCACUACACAUGCCUGGGCCAGCGCUUUCACUAUCUGCCUCAUCGUCUUCGGCAUCGUCACAAUCGGCCUCUUCUUCAUCAACGAGUGGAAGUUCGCCAAGUACCCCGUCAUCCCGCUGCGGAUCUUCCGCGAUACAUCGAACUUGGCGGCCUUGGUUUGCUGCUUCAUACACGGCUUCGUCUUCAUUGGGGGAUCAUACUAUCUCCCGCUGUACUUCCAGGUCGUGCUGGGGGCCUCCCCAAUCCUCUCUGGUGUCUAUCUUUUCGCCAUGGUGCUCACAUUUUCUGUGCUCAGUGCAGCUACUGGAAUAUUCAUCAAGAAGACCGGCAUGUUUCGUGAACCGAUCAUUUUCGGGAUGGUAUUCAUGACGCUGGGAUACGGCCUGUUCAUCAACCUGCCUGAUCAUAAGGUGUGGUCGAAGAUCAUUAUCUACCAAAUCAUAACCGGUAUCGGCGUUGGGCCCAAUUUCCAAAGUCCGCUCGUCGCUCUGCAAUCCCGUCUCAAGGGUCACGACAAUGCCAUCGGUACCACCGUAUUCGGCUUUGUGCGCAACCUCGCCACCUCCAUUUCUGUGGUCUUAGGCGGUGUCAUUUUCCAAAACCGCCUGUCAUCAAAUAUUGGCGCUAUUGCUGGCCAGCUCCCGCCCCAGCUUGCUGCUACACUAGAGACAUCGUCGUUUGGGAGUGCCACCGCAGACCUGAAGCUGCUAGAUGCUCAGCAAAAGCGAUUACUGGACAGGGCAUUCACGGACGCGUUACAGAAGAUUUGGAUAUUUUACACUGCCUUUGCCUUCGUUGGCAUUAUAGUUGCGGUGGUGGGCAUCAAGAAGAAGGAAUUGAAAACGGAGAAGGAGGUGGUCAGGACCGGAUUGAAGGAACAGGAGCGCGUGCGCUUGGAGGAGAAACAAGAGGAGGCGGACCGCAAGGAGCGGAAGAAGAGCGCUAAAGCUGGAAGAGGGAGUUUGGACGGGGACGUUGAGAAGGCAUCGCCGCCUACAUCGCCUGUCAGGGGCGAGGAGGGCGUUGUGGGUGGUGGGGAGCGGUAA